AUGGAACAAAGAAAGGACAGGAGAUUGAUACUCUUUCCACUGCCCUUGCAAGGCCACAUAAACCCCAUGCUUGAGCUGGCCAAUCUUCUGCACCUGAAAGGCUUCUCCAUAACCAUCAUCCACACAACCUUCAACUCUCUCAACCCAUCAACCCAUCCACACUUCACCUUCCACUCAAUCCCUGAUGGCUUAUCUGAAAGUGAAGCCUCAACAAAGGAUCUUGUCCUUCUUCUCUCCCUUCUAAAUGCUAAAUGUGUUGAGCCUUUGAGGGAGUGCUUGUCUAGCUUGUUGUCUGAUGUUUCAGAGGAGCCUGUUGCUUGCUUGAUCUCUGAUGUUCUCCAUGUCUUCACUGAAUCUGUUGCUCACAGCCUUAAACUCCCAAGGCUUGUGCUAAGAACCGGGGGCGCUGCUUCCUUUGCUGUUUUUGCUGCAUUUCCACUUCUGAGGGAAAAAGGUUACCUCCCCAUACAAGAGUCUCGACUAGAAGAGCCGGUGACAGAGUUUCCACCUCUCAAAAUCAAAGACCUUCCUUUGAUCAACAGGUGUGCCUCAGAGGAUUAUAAUCAGCUAGUAGCCGGCCUGUCAAAUGGAGCCAAAGCCUCAUGUGGGCUCAUCUUUAAUACUUUUGAACACCUUGAACAACAUGCACUGGCCACAAUAAGCCAAAAGAUUUCCAAUGUUCCAAUUUUCCCAAUAGGUCCAUUUCACAAGUUUUUCCCUGCAGCCUCUUCUUCUUCUAGUGGCUUAUUAUCAGAAGACCAGAGUUGCAUUCCAUGGCUAAACACUCAAGCACCAAAGUCUGUUGUGUAUGUUAGCUUUGGAAGCCUUGCUGCAAUAAAGGAAGCUCAGUUUUUGGAGAUAGCUUGGGGGCUAGCCAACAGCAACCAGCCCUUUUUGUGGGUAGUCCGACCCGGAUUCGUCCAUGGAUCAGAACCAUUUCCCAGUGGGUUUGUUGAGAGUUUGAAUGGGAGGGGUCACAUUGUGCAAUGGGCUCCACAGAAACAAGUACUGGCUCAUCCAGCAGUUGGAGCCUUUUGGACUCACAAUGGUUGGAAUUCUACAUUGGAGAGUGUUUGUGAGGGGGUCCCUAUGAUUUGCAUGCCAUGUUUCACUGAUCAAUUGGUGAAUGCAAGAUAUGCAAGUGAUGUUUGGAAGGUUGGUUUGCAGUUAGAAGAUGGGAUGGAGAGAUUUAUGAUUGAGAAAACAAUAAGAAAACUAAUGGUGGAGAAAGAAGGGGAAGAGAUCAGAGAGAGAGCCUUGAAGCUGAUGGAGAAGGCAAAUCUUUGCUUCAAACAAGGUGGCUCGUCAUGCCAAUCCUUGGAUGGAUUGAAGUUCGCAAGUAGAGGCUUGUUGCAGGCUCCUCCUUCGAAUGUCGUCAAUCAGACUGUUGAAAGUUAA